GUCUGUUCAACGUACGGUUCGUUCGUUUCAGAUAUCGCGCGAAAGCUGUUGAGAGUGUUUGUUUCUGGCGCAUUUUAGUAAUUGCUCGUGAAGAGAAGAAGUGUUCGAAGUUUUAAUUUUUUUCAGACUGAUAAUAUAUUUUAACUAUGUUUCAAAUAGGAGAUAAAAUCGAAGCUAGAAUGCCGGGGUCUAGGCUGUAUUCUCAAGCUGAGGUAUUAGAGACAAAAGGGACCUCAUGUCUCAUUAAAUUUGGUGACGGCGCUGUACAUCAAGUACAAGAAAUUUACAUUCGACCUGUAACUAAAACUGUAACGCGAUCCCGCCGAAACAGUAGAUCUCCAGCACGUAGAAAACCUACUGAAGUGAUUGUUUCAGAUCUUUCAGAAGAUGUUGUGAAGACAAAUCAAAAAUCAUUAGAUGAAGCCCUUGUGGGAGUAAAGCCGGAAAUUAAAAAGCGAAUUGGAAGAAGUCCUGGUAGACCCUCAACUGCUAAAAGUACUACCAAAAUGAAUACUCGAAGCAAGAGUAGAGGUCGUGUUAUACGUUUAGACAGUGGUCAUGAUGAAUCGGAAGCACAGCAACCAAAGAAAGUGGUACGUCGCUCAAGUGUAAAUCGUUCAACAAAAUUGAUGAACAAUGCACAAAAUCUAUGGUCUGAACAACACAGUAGUGCAUCUGUAGUCCUUCGUGAUAUUCUCCAUUCAUCCAGAUCCAAUAGUCGUCAAAGUUCAUGUACGAACUCCGAACUUGAGAUGAUUGAUCAAAAUAUUGCAGAACGUGAGUCUCCUGUUUUAACAGAAGAGGAUUUCAGACGUUCUGACAUAGAAGAUACAGUUUCAGAAGUGUACAUGAUUCAACCGCGAAACAUGUUACGUGUUACAAACAGGUCCACCAGACAAAAGUCGGCAACACCGGAUGAACAAAAUGUCGAACCAAUAAUUCAUGAAAAAGAAGCAACACCUUUGAAUCCAUUGAAUACAGAAAUUUCCGAUUCUGAUGAAGAGGUUAAAAAUGUACAUAACAAAGACCAUUUCAUCGUAAUAAAAAUGAUUAAGUUUCUUCUUACAGCUUUUUUGAUUUCGGGCACGCCUUUAAUUUGCAUGUACCUUUAUAAUACAUGUAAUAUAGACAAGUGCGUUUUUCGGUAUCCCCAAGUAACUGAUCUAAAUAAUCUUGAACUUUAUUUUUCAAAGCAAGCCUCCAUGAUGAACAUUGCCUUUCUUUCAUUUUUAACAGUUUUUUCUAUUAUUCGCAUAUUCGGAACUAGCGCCUUUGGUUUUCCCACUAGGGAUGGUGUUUUAAAUUACUACUUCAAUGGUUUUUUUAGUAUAAUUAUCAUCACAGUUAUUUUUACUUUGUUACACCGGUAUAAUUUUCCUAUUUUGCAAUACAUUCAUGAACAAGAUUUCAGAUUGAUAAUUUCCUCACUGAUAUGUGCAUUUUUAAUUUCGCUUAUUUUACAUCUGAGGAAGUACUAUGUUUCUAUGGUACCAUCAAUUAUGGAACCAAAAAGGAAUACAAUUUCAGAAUUUUGGAAUGGAUGCGAAUUGAAUCCUCGCAUUUUUUCUAUUUUUGAUGUCAAGCUGAUUUAUUAUAGAAUGGCAAUUAUGGGAACGAUUUUAUUGCUGACAGCCUAUGUACAUGAAGACGCUUGGAACCUUAUAAGAAAUGUGUUAUAUGGUGAAGCCACUGAUUACAAUUCUACCCUAAUUCUUGUAACUGCUCUGAAUAUUUUUUUUCAUUUGGAUUUGGUGUUUCAUGAGAAACAACUGACUGCCACUUUUGAAAUUCAGAAUGAGGGUACUGGAUUCAUGUUAUUACUGAAGGACAAUCUUUAUCCAUUUGUCACAGCUUUUCCUGUGAAAUAUAUACUAUAUCGAAACAUAAGAGCACCCUCUAUAGCAUUAGCAUUUAUCGUAGGCAUGUUUUUUGUUGGUUAUUUGCUGUUUCGAUAUAGUAAUAACAUGAAAUAUGCUGUUCGAAUUAACCCAGCUGAUUACAGAAUUAAUUAUAAAGAUUUAUAUAUAACUUUUUCUGGUAAGAAGCUGCUUCUUGCUAAGACAUGGGGUUUUGUUAGGCAUCCUAACUAUUUGGGACACAUCAUGGUUUUAGUUUCAUUUAGUUUGGCCUUACUCUGGAGUGCACCUUUCAAUGUAAUAAGCUUUUUGCCACUAAUUAUUAGUGUAAUAUUUCUACUACACCGAGCUGCACGAGAUGGUCGCCAGUGUGAGAAAAAACACGGUGCCAGUUGGACGAGGUACUGUAAUGUGGUAAAAUAUAAGAUAGUACCACAUAUAUAUUAGUAAAUUGAAGUGAAAGAUAAAAACUCUUAUAUUUAACUGGGAUUUUAGUGAGUUUGAGUGCUGAUAUUUUGAUGAGCUGGA